CGAGCGAGCCCGAGGCGAAGAGCUUCAGUGAGCUUUGCGGGCUUAGCAUCACAUGGGAACGGCUGGUGCCGAGCCGGGACAGGAUUGGCGCUCCGGGCGAUGGCACCCAGUCUUAAAGGCAAACGGAAAAAGAAGAGCGUUCCCAUGGCUGAGAGUGAAUCCCAGGAAGCUCCAGGUCUCUGCCCAGAGGAAAAACAUCAGGACAACCUGGAGAAGCUGGAACAAGUGGUAUCUCCAUCUGACAAGCAGGAUGCCCCCUCUGAAGCUGAGCAGAAGCCUCCCGAAGAGGAUUCGGGAGACGAGGAGAUGUUGAGUGGUGAGAAAGAAGAGGAACAGAUUUUUCUGGUCAACCUCUACAAGUUCAUGAAAGAGCGUCACACGCCAAUCGAGAGGGUGCCUCAUCUGGGUUUCAAGCAAAUUAAUCUGUUUAAAAUCUACAAAGCUGUGGAAAAACUCGGAGCUUACGAACUGGUGACGGGAAGACGUCUUUGGAAAAACGUUUACGACAUGUUGGGAGGCAGCCCGGGUAGUACCAGUGCUGCCACUUGCACCCGGCGACAUUACGAGAGGCUGGUCCUCCCGUAUGUCCGACACUUGAAAGGGGAGGAUGACAAGCCGUUGCCCCCAGUCAAGCCUCGAAAACAGUACAAGAUCUCGAAGGAGCCGAAGGGGGAUCGCGUGGCAGAGAAGAAGAAGACGAAGAAAGAGAAGAUGAGAGAUCCGAGUUUGCCGGAGAAAGUGAGGCCGGAUGUUGCUUUGGUCCCCAAACCUCCCAAUGGGACGGAGCCGAAUCACUACCGGGAGCAAACCGAGGGACGCCUCUCCCUACCCAACAGCCGAGAGAUGGAUGAGACUCAGCCCACCACCAGCUGCCUUGGAAACUGUCGAUCCCAUGGUUGCUCCGAGGCUUACACCCGGCUCUUCUCUAGCUUCUACUUCAAGGGGAACAAUGGCAUCAUGUCUCCCUUGGCGAAGAAGAAACUGCUGGCGCAGGUGAGCCAGGACGAAUGCUUGUACGCUCAUGAGAAGAAGCAUCUCAGCCACUGUCCCGAAUACAAGAAGAUCAGGGUCCGGGAAGUACCGGGCUUGGACUCUGAGGUUGGUCAUCUGCAGAAAGAGGCCCCAAAGACAGGAGCAGAGGGGAAUGGUUCCAGCAGAUCUCCAGGUUUUUCCCAGGUUGGGAAAGCCAAUGAAGGUUUGAUGAAAGCUCCUCCAAGUUUCAAGGAGGGCCCAGGGUCCAUGAAAGCAGAGGAGGAAAGCUCUGGUGCUCACCUGUCUACUGGGCCACCUGUCUUCUGUGGCUACUUCCACGCCACCAGCAGCACCGUCUUGAAACCUGUCAGCGGCCUUCGAGGACCGGUGGAAUAUUAUUCCAGCUUGAAGGAUCUCCCCGUGACUUCUCCAGCCUAUGCUAAGCCUGGAAAAGAUGCCCUGGGAGCAGCUGGGUCUCAGAAGAAGCAGGAGAGCUUGGAAGACCAACCUGAAGACCUCCGUAGGAAGUCAGGUCCACCAUGGAAAGCAGACCAUCAGCAAUCUUCUGCCUUAAAGGCAAGUGCCCUGAGCACCAAGGCAGGGUCUCCCCCAUUUCAAGCGGUCAAAGCUUCCUGGGUCCCACCUGUGGUCAACCUGGCGAAGGUCAGCCCACAGGUCUCCAAGAACGGAGGGCCACCUGUGUCUCCAGGUCAGGCGAGUAUCUCCGGGCAGAAGAAAAGAGCUUCAGAGGAGGACUAUUUCCUGCAUGGCAAGAAGCUCAAGGCAGUGUCCCCCUUCAUCAAGGAGGUAGACCCAAACAGUAGCCUGGAUCGAGGGAUGUCCCCCGGCGGGCAGCCGGGGAUAGCGAAGCCGAAGGCCACGGUGGCAGGGUCCAGAUUUCCAGUAGCUCCCAUGCCUCAUCUCCAGAACAUGUACAAGGGCACCAUGCUGAGGUUGCCCGUUAACUUUAGCGGCCCAGGAGAACAUCUCAAGGAACAGGGCCCUUCGCUGAUCCAGUCUCUCUCCAUCAACCCGUUUAUUAUCCCCGCCUUCCCAACCCCGCUAUUAACUGCCUCCGUCCAAGCGUCGGAUCUGGGCCAGUCUCUGGGCACGAGCCUCGUCCACUACCCCACUUCUUACGACAGCGCACUACGCCACCGGUUGUACCCGGUCUCGACAUGGCACAGCCAGCCGACCUACGCUUCUGCCCAUGUCCCGUCCUACCAUCGGAAUACAAAGCUGUAGCCCCCCUCAACCCAUGGACCCUCGGGGACUUGUCAUGUCUGAGAGCCCGCACCACGUUUGAGACCCCUGUGCGCGAGGGAUGUGUGAAUCCCCACGUCCGCGGCAUUUCGACACUUCGAUUCCCCCGCUUUUCCGAGCUCUUACUGAGGACCUUACAAAACAGGACCAUAUCACUUUAUUUUUUAAACUGCUCAAACGAUGAAACUGUCUUUGUAUCUGACACGGUAUGCAAAUAACUUGUGCUUAAAAAAA